CAUAUGCAGUGACGUAAUAUUGUUUUGCUGCACGUGCAAGAUGUUAACAUCUAACUGCAAUAUAAAUCUCGUAACGUUUGUCGGCACCGGAUUAAGUGAGGUGAUGUAUUUCUUGGGCUUGAAUCAAAUCUGAGAAUGUUUAAAAUUUGUCAUCGAAUAUCUGCCCAGUAUGUGCCGCUGUUCGGCUCACGACUAAUUCGAGGCCGGAUUCUUUCUCCAAUUCUAAUCAAAUCCCGUGGUAAGAGAGAUGAAGGAAAUCGACUGUUUACUCCGGUGCCUAUUCGGCCCACACCGGACGACAUAAAUGUAGGAGCCGAAUUGACCGGUGGAGUUCUCGAUAAGGCAGAAAUGUUGAAAGUGAUUCUCAAGUUUAGCAAUCGAAAAGAGAUUAAAUUUCUUUGCCUUGAGAAUGGGAUUGAUUCCAAUUUACAGUCACAAGCGUUUACCAGUUUUCGGAGGUACUGUCUUGAAACGGAUGCUCUGCCGACGGAUUUGCACGUCGUGUUGAGCGAUAUCCUUCAAGGAGCUGGUCAUGUGGACGAUAUUUUUCCAUACUUUUUACGGCAUGUUAAAAAUAUUUUUCCACACUUGGAAUGUAUGGAUGAUCUGAAGAAAAUUUCCGAUUUGAGGCAGCCAGCAAACUGGUACCCGAAUGCGAGAGGGAUCAACAGAAAAAUUAUAUUUCACUCGGGGCCCACCAAUUCGGGAAAAACCUACCACGCCAUGGAGCGGUUUUUAGCCGCAAAAUCCGGUGUUUAUUGUGGUCCAUUGAAGCUGCUGGCCAGCGAAGUGUACAACAAGAGCAAUCAGCGAGGGACACUGUGUGAUUUGAUUACCGGAGAGGAAAGAAAAUUGGCGGACCCGAGCGGAAAUCCUUCGAAACAUGUUGCGUGUACGGUGGAGAUGACUUCGAUUAAUACGCCUUACGAAGUUGCAGUCAUUGACGAAAUUCAGUUACUGAAAGAUGUCGGACGGGGUUGGGCUUGGACAAGAGCGUUUCUUGGGCUGAUGGCAGAAGAAAUCCACGUUUGCGGAGAGCCAGGAACAUUGGAACUUUUACAGAAGAUGUGUGACACAACGCACGAAACACUCGAAGUUAGGAAUUAUAAACGUCUCACGCCUUUACACAUCGAAAGUCAGGCUCUGACGUCACUAGACAAUGUUGUGGCCGGCGAUUGUAUCGUGUGCUUCAGUAAAAAUGACAUUUACAGUGUAUCUCGAGAAAUCGAAGCACGAGGCAAAGAAGUGGCUGUUAUCUAUGGUGGUUUGCCUCCCGGAACGAAACUUGCCCAGGCAGCUAAAUUCAACGAUCCAGAAAAUAGUUGCAAAGUGUUGGUUGCAACGGAUGCGAUCGGAAUGGGAUUGAAUUUGAGUAUACGGCGUGUGAUUUUCAAUUCAAUAAUAAAACCAACGGUGAAUCAAAAAGGCGAGAAAGAAAUGGACACUAUUUCCGUUUCUCAAGCUUUACAAAUCGCAGGUCGUGCAGGACGAUAUGGAAUGAAAUGGGAUGAAGGAUUUGUAACUACAUUUAAAUCUGAAGAUCUUCCUACCCUAAGGAACAUUUUGUCCCAAACACCAGAGCCACUGACUCAAGCUGGAUUACAUCCGACGGCAGAUAUGAUCGAACUUUACGCGUAUCAUCUGCCAAAUGCCACCCUCAGUAAUUUGAUGGAGAUUUUUGUUUCCCUCAGCACGGUUGACGACUCGUUAUAUUUCAUGUGCAAUACUGAGGAUUUUCGAUUUCUGGCGGAAACUAUCCAGCAUGUGCCACUCCCACUUCGAGCGCGGUAUAUUUUUUGUUGUGCGCCCAUCAACCGACAAAUGCCUUUCGUUUGUUCCAUGUUUCUAAAGUAUGCCCGACGUUACAGUAAAAAUGAACCUGUGACGUUCGAUUGGCUCUGUAACCAGUGCGGAUGGCCAUUCCAACUUCCGCGAACCAUCAUCGAUUUGGUUCAUCUGGAAGCAGUUUUCGAUGUGCUCGAUCUGUAUUUAUGGCUAAGCUACCGCUUCCCAGAUUUGUUCCCCGAUGAAAAAUUAGUUCGCGACAUCCAGAAAGAAUUGGACGACAUCAUCCAGCAGGGGGUUUUUCAGAUCACCAAACUGCUGAAAAACUCGGAAUCAGCGGUUUCGACGAACACACCGGACGAGGACUCGUUUAUGAUGCGACAAAAGAAGACCAAGUACUACCGCGAAAACCCACCUCGAGGGAAACUGACGGAACGGUUGCUUGCUCAAGGUCUACUGACGCCGGCGAUGCUACAGGAAUUGAAAGCUGAAUGGGAUCAAAAGUCAAGGCCAGGCGGCAGGGCUAGUGGUAGCGAUGAUGACGAUGACGAUUUCCCGGGGAAGAAAAAUCGACGGAACAAAAGGCCAAAACAUUGACUUACGGAGCGAUCGAAUGAUAAUAAAAUGUAGUUAUUGA